CAUGACCUCCAUUUGUGUCAGAUAUCCUUUGGUGGUAGACUUACUGAUCUGAGGUCAGAGGCACAAGUUGACUGAGGUAAAGAAUACUUUAUAAAGGGACUGGUCUUUGAAGGGCUUACAACCCACACAGGAAAAGGACCGUCUGAAGCAGGAAACCAAGGGUUUGAAUCAUGGUGACUCUGUCUCUCGUGUAUCUGGGUCUGCUCUCCUUGUGGGGGGUCAGAGGGGAAGUAGCUCCAAAUUUCAACAACUGCAAAGAGUUUUUCUUCAGAGAGAAGCCAGUGUCCGGUCUGAACAUAACCCUGCCCACUCCAGUUGAGCCCAACACACAGAACUUACCUAAUCCUGAGAAAUGUCUCUCUGCUUACAAUGCUGCCUCUCCUGCCUACAUCUGUCAGAUUUACAACAACCAAUAUUACUUUGCCACUCUGUAUGACAGAGCAAGGAGGAUCCCUUUGUACUCUGCAUAUAAAAUGGAUAUGAAAGCGAAACCCGAAAGGAUGGGGUCCAUAGUAAAUUAUGAACCACAGCUUGUGCAUCCUGAACUAGCACAAAAUCAGAUGAACAAGAGCAGAUGCUUAAGAGAGAUCCAGAAUUACAACAAAAAAGAGACUAAUAGCUGCCCAGAAAAAGAUAAAUACAAAAAAUACAAACAAAACUACAAACUUAACUGGAGCCAGGCUGUCGAUGAAGACUACAGUAGUAGUCAAGGCAACUAUACACGUGGGCACUUGAACCCUGCAGGGCACCAUCAGCAAGAUGCCUCCCAAGCCACCAUGACCUUCACCAACGUAGCUCCGCAAAACCCGACAAUGAACCAGGUCCACUGGAACCAGUAUGAGCAGAAGCUGAAGGUUUUGAAUCAGGACUGUAGUAAUGUGUAUGUUGUGACGGGGGUGGUCCCAGGCAAAGAGUGGCUGAACUAUCGAGUCAACGUUCCGAGUCACUACUGGAAUGCCUUCUGCUGCACUGACAACAACAAUAAACCUCUCUGGUCUGGAGGUGCCUUGUGUCCUAACACACAUGAGGGUCGAGUUACAGAGUAUAACACUGUUGCAGAGCUUCAGAAUGUGCUUGGAAAGGACUUUGACAUUGAAUUAAACAUUUUUUUUAACCGCUGUCAAUUCAAUGAAAGUUACAGUGUGCCCUAUUGGAAAUGUUUUUUAAUUCUGGUCAUAUGGAUAAUUGUCCGAACCUGCAAAAAAAUGCAAAUGAAAAGAAUUGUAUGUAUAAUUUCAUAUAAAUUAAUGCCAAUACUUUCCCGAACAAAAUUUCCCCUUAGUACAUUAACAUCAUUCAAGGGUAUUACACAAAAUUAUUCACAACCAACAAGUAACAUCAACAUGGAUACACAUUUGUCCCAUCAUAAAUCAAUGAAAUCCAAAAAGGUUUUUGGCCUUGUCCUAUGUACACAGAGAUUUCUCCGGCAUCACAGAAUCUUUUCAUGAUAUUAUGUACCAUAGGUGAUGAAUUCUCAAAAUUGCUAUAUUUCCUAUGCAACUCUCUUGCAAUUUUUUGUUGAGAAACUAUGUUCUUAAAUGUCACUGACCUGUUACCAAUAAUCUAAUUAGUUGUGGAUAUUCCAUCAGGUUUAGUUUUUUUAGCAUUACACAUUUUAUCCAGUCUUUAGUUGCCUUUUAAUUUAUAUGUCCACUCUUUUUUUUUUUCUUUUUUUUUUGAAAGGUGUUGCUGGCAUCAAAUUCAGG